CAUGCUUCUGUCAAAAAAUUGUUUACAAAAAAGCAGGCGACGACGAUUUGCUCCGAGUUUUCCACUAGUUUUCCCGUGAAAAUCCCCAUAUCCAACAACAACCAUGAUUUCGGACGUUCAGCUGGCCGUUUUCUGCAACGUGUUGGGAGUGUUUCUGUUCCUGCUAGUGGUCGGCUAUCACUACAUCAACACCAACAUGGCAAGCACCCGAGGCGGACAGGGUCCGAGGCAUAAGUGAAGCACAGGAUAGCGCGUGCACCGCGGGACCGGAGAACAAAUUGCAUCAAUUUUAAGGGCCUCAACAAGUCGUUGCAGCGGAAAACCAAGCGAAAAGAUGGCAUUUCUCAAGGUGAUGAAUGAUGAAUAAAUAAUUCUCUCUUUAACACCCAA